GCUGUUUGUUGUGUAACUUCGAUAUUCUACCGAUUCUGAAUUAAACAAACGGUAAAGAACCAGUGGUUUUUGUCUGGUUGUAAAAAAAUAUGUCUGUGGGAAAUAACAGUGCACCACAUUUGAGCGGGAGUUGUGUUAACUUUGGAUUAAUUAGAGACGAAGCAAGACGAGAACUUGUGCAUCUUUUGGACAAAUGCCAUGGUAGUAAGGCUUUAGUAUGGGACCAAGAAUUGACGGAGCAAUUUGGUUUGGUGGCUGAAUAUUCCUUGUUAAAAGAACGAGAAGUGGAUAGAAUGUUCCCGUUACGAACACCCCGGCUUCCAAAAUCAUCAGUUCAGCACAUCAUCUUUGUAACGAGGCCGGUGAUUUCUUUAAUGGACGUAAUCGCAUCAAAUAUAAGAAAGGAAGAAGAAGGAGAUGGUUUUGGGAGAAAAGAAUUCCAUAUUUUUUUUGUUCCAUGGAAGAGUUUUUUAUGCGUACAGAAGCUAGAGGAUCUUGGAGUGUAUGGAGCGCUUACAAAUAUUGAAGAUUAUCAUCUUGAUCUAAUUGCGCUCGACUCUGAUGUUUUAUCCAUGGAGAACCAUCUAAAUUUCUAUGACAACAACAUCAGUGAAGAUGGAACUUCUCUUUAUUUGGCUGCAAAAGCAAUCACUCGUAUACAGAAGCAGUACGGACAAAUUCCAAUGAUUUAUGGGAAAGGAAAGUCAUGUAAAGCAAUCUGUAGCCUUCUUCAGAAAAUGUGGAGCGAGCAGGGGGAUGUGGUAGGCGAUGAACAUCCUCAGAUUGAUCGUCUCCUGAUCAUUGAUAGAACUGCUGACUUGAUAACUCCUCUCGUAACGCAGCUAACAUAUGAAGGGUUAAUUGAUGAAGCUUAUGGGAUAAGCAACACAAGCGCUUCAUUUCCGCCUGAAAAGUUUCAAACCACCUCAAAGUCAGAAGACUUAAUGACAGAGAAGAAGAAGAUAGUUUUAACAUCCAAAGAUGAUCUUUUCACCAUCCUUCGUAACUGCAACUUCAAUGCUGUUGGACCAACUCUGAAAAAACAAGCAAAAAGUAUUUCAGAAAAGUAUGAGGAGCGACACACAGCCAAGACAGUUGGAGAAAUGAAACAGUUUGUUUCUCAUCUUCCACAAAUGCAACAAGCAAAAGCCUCGUUAGCUGUUCAUACCAACAUAGCUGAACUUAUAAAGGAAUUCACAGACGAAGAUGACUUUAUGGAAUCUCUCAGCACUCAACAAGAGUUUUUAAAUGGUAUUGGAACAGAUAAAGUGAAUCCAUAUAUUGAGGAUUGCCUCUUUCGUAAACAACCUAUUGUACAAGUUCUUCGACUUAUUUGUCUUCAGUGCCAAACUAAUAAUGGGUUGAAACCAAAGGUGUUGGAAUAUUACAAACGUGAAAUUGUGCAGACGUAUGGUUAUAAACACCUGAUCACUUUAAACAAGUUGGAAAAAUGCGGAUUGAUGUGUGGUACUGGUACUUCAUGGAAUUACAACACUGUUCGUAAAUCAUUGAGACUUGUGGUGGAUGAUAUUAAUGAGAAGGAACCUCAAGACAUCGCUUACGUACACAGCGGGUACGCUCCGUUGAGCAUCAGACUCGCUGAGAUCCUCUCCCAUCCAGGAUGGAGGAGCAUUGAUGAAGUCCUCCGGAUAAUUCCUGGUCCCACCGUCUCCGGACUUCAACAGUUUAAACCUAAAAAGAAAUGGCAAGGAAGCAUUAACAGCGAAGGCAGUUCUCCAAACACAGUCACACUUGUGUUUUUCGUUGGUGGCGUGACAUAUGCUGAAGUAUCAGCGCUGCGGUUUCUCUCGGCGAAAAACGACGGUCACGAAUACCUCACCGCAACAACGAACUUUGUGAAUGGAAACACGUUGAUCCAAUCAAUGGUUGAGCCGGACUAGAAACCAGUACUGCCACUUACUUUUGUGCAAUAUCAUAUGUCAUUAUAUCUUACCAUCUUACCAAUUAUCCAAUCUUUGCAUAAGUAAUUCAAUUGCUAGAUUUUAAAAUACAGUAUGUGUUUAAUUGAAGUUCAUACGAUUUAGUGAUUUUUUUAAUGAAAACAAAAACUUUUAAUAACAUUAUCAUUAGCAAAUACCUUAUCAUAAACAAAGAACAUUCAAAGAAUUAAAAAAACCGUAUUCUCACGACUCCCACGGACCGUUGUUAGUUGUUUAAAACACGAUCAGGAUAUUUGGAUAUUAUGUGCUAAAGGUGUCCGGUCCUUCCCCACCCUACUAUACAUUACGACUACAUCGCGUAGCUGAUUAAAUAUAUUACGUAAAUCGGG